GGAAGAGGUCAGGUUCUGGUGGUGGAGCCAUUGAGUGAGGAAAGAGAGAGUGUGUGUGAGUGAAGACAACAACCCUCUCUGCCUCUCUGCACUAAUUCCGAUGCAGAAAAUUAAAACCAUUUAAAAAAAUAAGAAAAAAAACGAACAAUAAAAAGAAAAAGGAGCUGCAAUCUUUUACUGAUUUUCCCGGGAAAAUUAACAGCUUCAUUCCGCCAUGGACGAUUCUUCCGGCCACCGGAAUCCACCACCACCUCCCUCCUCCUCCGCCGACACUCCUCCUCCUCCACCUUCUUCCUCCUCCUCCACCUCCUCCUCCGCGGAGAGUCUCCGCCACGUGGAACGCAUGAUCAACUCCAACCACUACGCAUCUCCUUCCAGAACAAUCUACUCCGACAGGUUCAUUCCCAGCAGAUCUGCCUCCAAAUUCGCCUUGUUUGACAUCUCCACUCCCCCGGAGGGCCGCGACGACACCUCCAGCGCCUACACCACUCUCCUCCGCACCGCUUUGUUCGGUCCCGAUGCCGCCGGCGUCGCUCCUCCUGUCACGCCGGACAAGAGGUCGUCUCCGUCGAUGUCCUUGCCUAGCCGGAAUAUUUUCCGGUACAAGAUGGAGACUCGCCAGUCCAUGCACUCGCUUUCCCCGUUCAUGAGCGACGAUGCGGUUCCCGGCGUGAAUCCGAGCCCCGUCAAGACUCCGAGGAAGGUUCCGCGAUCUCCUUAUAAGGUUCUGGAUGCACCUGCAUUGCAAGACGAUUUCUAUCUGAAUCUCGUGGAUUGGUCUUCGCACAAUGUGUUGGCUGUUGGUUUGGGUAACUGUGUUUAUCUCUGGAAUGCUUGUAGUAGCAAGGUAACUAAAUUAUGUGACUUGGGGAUUGACGACUGCGUUUGUUCAGUUGGCUGGGCUCAACGCGGUACACAUCUUGCUGUUGGAACUAGCAAUGGCAAAGUUCAGAUUUGGGAUGCAUCUCGAUGCAAGAAGAUAAGAUCCAUGGAGGGUCAUCGACUACGCGUUGGGGCCUUGGCCUGGAGUUCAUCUCUUUUGUCUUCUGGUGGCCGGGAUAAGAAUAUUUAUCAACGAGAUAUACGUGCACAAGAAGAUUAUGUCAGUAAACUGUCAGGGCACAAAUCAGAGGUUUGUGGACUGAAGUGGUCAUAUGAUAACCGUGAGUUGGCAUCUGGAGGAAAUGACAACAGAUUGUUUGUUUGGAAUCAACACUCAACCCAACCUGUUCUGAAGUAUUGUGAGCAUACAGCAGCUGUUAAAGCUAUUGCAUGGUCUCCUCAUCUUCAUGGACUUCUUGCAUCUGGGGGUGGAACAGCAGAUCGAUGUAUUCGCUUUUGGAAUACAACCACAAACUCGCACUUAAGCUGUAUGGACACUGGAAGUCAGGUAUGCAACCUUGUCUGGUCCAAAAAUGUCAAUGAACUAGUAAGCACACAUGGCUACUCCCAGAAUCAAAUAAUUGUUUGGAGAUACCCCACCAUGUCAAAGUUGGCCACUCUUACAGGCCAUACGUAUAGAGUUCUUUAUCUUGCCAUCUCUCCAGAUGGGCAGACUAUUGUAACUGGAGCUGGAGAUGAAACACUUAGGUUCUGGAAUGUAUUCCCUUCCCCAAAAUCACAGAAUACUGACAGUGAAAUUGGAGCAUCUUCUCUUGGAAGAACUAUUAUAAGGUGAUGGCUCCUGGCAUUUCACUUCAAUCAUGUGGCAUAUUUCAAAGUUCGGGUUGAUGUCGAUAUGAAGAGAGAAAUUUGAGAACAGAGAACACCAUGGUGGAACUUUGCAUGGGAAAAACACCACCACAAUGGUGUGCCUUACUAAUUGUAGAGCCUUUCAGGGAGCUAUUUAAGUUAUACUAUGGCUGCUAGUGAUAGAUAUUUAUUCAUGCUAUUCAUUUGGAGUCAUUCCAUAUAAAAAAGAUUUUUUUUCCUCCUUUCUCUCUCCUUUUUUAUUCUGUUCUGUAGUGGUCUCCUACAUAAUUAUACAUUUAAGAGAGUCAUCAGAGAACAUCCUUAGAAAGCUUGUAAAAGCCCUUGUAUAUAAUUAUUCUUUCUUAGGAGUGGUCUUAAUAUUUUCUUCCCAAGCUUCUGAUUAAUUACACAUUAUGAAGUUUCUUUGAAA